UUUUUUUUUUUAAGAAAAUUGUAUUCUACUCUUCCACGUUUGUGCUUCUUACACAUACACGCGCUGGUGAUAAUGGAAAAGUACCAGAAAAUCGAAAAGCUCGGCGAGGGCACAUAUGGCAUCGUGUACAAGGCGCAGAACCGGGAGACAAACGAGGUCGUGGCACUGAAGCGCAUCCGGCUGGACAACGAGGAGGAGGGCGUGCCGUGCACUGCGAUCCGCGAGAUCUCGCUGCUAAAGGAGCUGAAGCAUCCAAACAUCCUCGGCCUCUUUGACGUGCUGCACACGGACAAGAAGCUGACGCUGGUGUUUGAGUUCAUGGACUCGGACUUGAAGAAGUUUGUCGAUGCGUACGGCGGCGACCUCGAUCCGCUGACAGUGAAGCAUCUGCUGUACCAGCUGCUGUGCGGCAUCUCGUUCUGCCACCGCAACCGCGUGCUGCACCGCGACCUGAAGCCGCAGAAUCUGCUGAUCAACAAGCGCGGCGACCUGAAGCUGGGCGACUUCGGGCUGGCGCGCGCAUUUGGGAUUCCCGUGCGCUCGUACUCACAUGAGGUCGUGACGCUGUGGUAUCGGGCGCCUGACGUGCUGAUGGGGUCGCGGCAGUACGACACGUCGAUUGAUAUCUGGUCGGUGGGGUGCAUCUUUGCCGAGAUGGCGACUGGGCGGCCGUUCUUUUCGGGCACAUCGGUGGAGGACCAGCUGAUGCACAUUUUCAAGAUUCUCGGCACGCCUGUCGACCAGCAGAUCGACCAUAUGCCGUUUGAUGGCUCGGCGCGGGUGUGGCCGAAUUGCUCGCAGCUGCCAGAGUGGAAACGCGAUUUCCCGGUGUACGGCGGCGUGCCACUGGAGCCGCUACUGCCAAAGCUCAGCGCAAAGGGAAUUGAUCUGCUGAAGCGACUGCUGGAGUACGCGCCCGAGCGCCGGAUAUCGGCCGAGCAGGCACUGCAGCAUCCGUACUUUGACGAGCUGCGGACCGGCAGUUAA